AUGACGAUCCUCCUCCACGAUGUUGAGUACCUACUGCAGAUUCCUACUGAGGGACGACUGAUGGGCAUGAGUCGAGAUAGAUACUUGCAGGUGCACGUGACAACUUCCACAGUGGCGCAGGCGUACAUGUUGACGCUGUUGGGGUCCACUCUGUUUCUAGACAAGAGCGGAGACAAGGUUCGGUUGGGGGUGGACCUCUUUUUGGAUCCCAUUGAGCAGGUAGCUGACUACAGUUGGGCGUCAGGGACACUUGCUUGGUUGUAUAGACAGCUUGGUGAGGGGUCUCGGGCUGGUGCUAGGGGGAUGGCUGGUUGUCUCACACUUCUGCAGUAUUGGAUCUAUGAGUACUUUCUGAGUCUCAGGCCAUCGCACUUCGAGUCAGUAGUUUGCGGACAAGAUGAGUCGUGGGCUUCACGAUGGAUUGGGUUGCCGACACCAGGUACUGCGGCUGAUCCUAAUGUGAGGUUAGCGUACUACCGUCGCUCUCUUGAUAGCUUGACCCCUGCUGAG